AUGGCUGUUCGAAAGGCAUUCGAGAAGAGACGUCGGACAUCCGUCAAUCUGGACUUUGACGCCCGCGUCCCUAUCCCCUUCAGUGUCUUCCCGUCGUCGUACCGGAGUGACGCUGUCUCUGAAACUACUCAGACGAGAGUAGAGGGAGAAGUCCAACUCGAUCGUACUUCGCGCGUCGAACGGGAAGAUACGAAGGGACCCAUCCCCGACCCUCGCGUCUACGGAAAGGAAGAAAUCGAUUUCCGCAUCAAGGAAGAUCGGUUCCAGAUCAAGGAAGAUCGCUCCGCUCCUGCUCCGGCUCCUUACCAGCAGCGCGACUACGCAGCCGAGGUUGACCUCACUCGUGAACGCUACCCCAACUAUCAAAAGUCUUCGGUUCGUUUCGAAGAACACCCUCCUGUCUACGAUCAGACCGUCGAGACCCAACUCGACCUCACUGAGAGAGAUUACCGUCGCCGGACCUCUCCCAACCCCAAGUUCGACGUCUCUUACGAACGUCGUUACCAGGAACCCGUGAGCUACGACUACUCUCCGGAAGAGUCAGUUGACAUCUCCUACAACCGUUCCUACAAGCCUCAACCCCAGUCCGUCUACCAAGGCGACUACCAAGGCGAAAGCUAUCCCCGUCGCGAAGUCGAAGCCGUUCAGUCUUCUGCUCCUCGCUACUACUCUGCUCCCACCGAAGUUAAGACCACUGUCCGUGAAGCACCUCGCAAAAUGGGCUACUACGACGACGAAGGCCAGUACCACUCUUUCCGCCGUGGCGUUGAGCGUGCUGCCGACCGCAUCAUGCACCCCUUCCACCAUGGUGAGCGUGAGGAGGCCGCUGAGGGCCCCACCCGCUUCUCUGAUGGUGUCCGCGAGAACAUUCGCAUCGUCGAGCCCCGUGGCGGUGCCAGCGCCGAGACUAUCCCUAUCCCUUGCCACUAUGUCCGUGUCGGUGACAUCCUGAUCCUUCAGGGUCGUCCCUGCCAGGUCAUCCGGAUCUCCGUCUCCCCCCAGACCGGCCAGCACCGUUACCUCGGUGUCGACCUGUUCACUCGUGGCCUGCAGGAGGAGUCUAGCUUCAUCUCCAACCCCUCUCCCUCCGUGGUCGUCCAGACCAUGCUUGGCCCCGUCUACAAGACCUACCGCAUCCUCGACCUCCGUGAUGACGGUAAGCUCGUCGCCAUGACCGAGACCGGCGAUGUCAAGCAGGGUCUUCCCGUCAUCACUCAGGGUAACCUCUUCAAGCGUAUCCGUGAUGCCUUUGCUGAUGGCCGUGGCUCCGUCCGCGCUCUCGUCAUCAACGACGGUGGCCGUGAGCUCGUCGUCGACUUCAAGGUCAUCCACGGUUCCCGUCUGUAA